AUGAUCACAAAAAACACUUCUUGUUUGAUGUUCUGCGUGUUGUUUUUCCUAUGCUUCUCUAUAAACCUUAAUCUCUCCGAAGGAGCUGACAGCAUCACGGCAAACCAAUCUUUGUCUGGUGUUUUAAAGCAGACAAUUGUCUCUGCUGGAGGGACUUUUGAACUGGGAUUCUUCACACGAGGUAAUUCUGCCAAUUAUUAUGUUGGAAUAUGGUACAAAAAUGUUAGUCAACAGACCAUAGUAUGGGUAGCAAAUAGGGAGAAACCGAUUUCAGACAUUAAUUCUGCAGAACUAAAAAUUUUAGAUGGGAAUAUGGUGCUUGUGGAAAAAUCCAAGGAUCUGAUUUGGUCCACUAAUAUAAGUUCGACAACCUCAAAUUCUGUAGUGGCAACCCUAAAUGAUGAUGGGAAUUUAGUUUUGAGAGACGAGUCAGAACCUAGGACGAGUGAAGGAUUUUGGCAAAGUUUUGAUCAUCCUGCUGAUACAUGGUUGCCUGGGGGCAAAAUUUCUUAUGACAAACGUACGAAUAAAAAGCAGCUCCUCAUUUCUUGGAGAAAUUCUGAGAAUCCGGCACCUGGGCUUUUCUCCCUCGAAUUAGAUCCAAAUGGGAGUCAGUAUAUUAUAAGAUGGAAUAGGACAGAACAGUACUGGACUAGUGGAGCUUGGAAUGGGCAUAUUUUCAGUUUAGUCCCUGAAAUGAGGCUGAAUUAUAUUUAUAAUUUUAGUUAUGUAGAUAAUAGUAACGAGACUUAUUUCACUUAUUCUCUUUAUAAUCCUUCGAUUAUAUCGAGAUUUGUGAUGGAUGUUUCGGGUCAAAUUAAGCAGACAUCAUGGUCUGAGAGUACGAAGGAGUGGAAUUUGUUUUGGUCUCAACCUAGGCAGCAAUGUGAGGUGUAUGCUUAUUGUGGGGCAUUUGGUACCUGCAAUCAGAAUUCAUUGCCCUUCUGUAAUUGUUUGCCAGGAUUUAAACCCAAGUUGGAAAAUGAUUGGAAUUUGACGGAUUAUUCCGGUGGCUGUGUAAGAGAGAUCGAUUUGCUGCAGUGUGGGAAUGGUAGUACUUCAUCGGGUAGGAAAGACAAGUUUUUGCAGAAUCCCCAAGUCAGUUUACCUGUAAAUCCUCAAACCGUUAUAGCAGGGAGUGCUGGAGAAUGUGAAUCUGUCUGCUUGAAUAAUUGCUCUUGUACAGGUUAUUCUUACGAUGGCAAUGCAUGUUUGGUUUGGAUUGGGGAAAUAAUGAAUUUGCAACAACUCUCGGAAAAUGAUGGCAGUGGGAGAACUAUCAAUGUUCGGCUUGCUGCCUCUGCUCCUCAGUUAUCGAGCAAGAAGAAGAAUGAAGGGGUUGCCAUAGGUGCUGUUGUGGGUUCUGUUGUUGUUUUUAUUGGUCUCUUGGCAAUUGUUGGGGUCGUGAUCUGGAGACGACAAAGGCGUAGACUUGGAGCUACAAAAGCCGUCGAGGGUUCAUUGGUAGCAUUUGGGUACAAGGACUUGCAAAUUGCAACCAAAAAUUUCUCGGAUAAGUUGGGGGGAGGAGAUUUUGGUUUAGCAAAGCUGGUGGGGCGCGAUUUCAGUCGGGUUCUGACAACCUUAAGAGGAACAAGAGGUUAUCUUGCACCCGAAUGGAUAUCCGGAGUUGCAAUCACAGCAAAAGCCGAUGUUUACAGUUUUGGCAUGAUGCUCUUUGAAUUCAUAUCUGGGAGGCGAAACUCUGAGCAAUCCAAAGAGGGGAUGGUGAAAUUCUUCCCAUCUUUUGCUGCAAGUGUGAUAGCAGAGGGUGGCGACAUUCUUGGCCUAUUAGAUUCUGCAUUGGAUGGAAACGCUGAUGCAGAAGAGGUAGCGAAAAUAUGUAAAGUUGCUUGUUGGUGCAUACAGGACGAGGAAAAUAUUAGGCCAUCAAUGGGUCAUGUUGUUCAGAUUCUUGAAGGCGUCAUGGAUGUAAACUUGCCUCCAAUCCCGCGAUCUCUCAAAUUGUUCGUCGAGAGUCAGGAACAGAUAAUGUUCUUCACUGAUUCCUCCUCGGGCCAGAGUUCCCAAACAAAAAGCGAUGCUUUACGGGCUUCCUCUCAUUCCAAGAGCAUCACAUCAACAAAUUAG